CACAUUAAUUUUUUAUUCUUUGUGUUAAUUUAUUAAUUUUAUUUAAGAAUAAAAUUGUGAAUGUUAUUGAGAAGGUUGAAUUAUGUCCAGUUGAGAAGUGUUCAAUGGAGAAGUAUCGCAAUUUGGAAGCCGUUUUCAAGGCCUAAAGAGAAACCUCAGAGUCUAACAUAUGAAAAAUUAAUUUAUCCAAAUUCAACAGAGAAUCAAAAUCAUAUAUCAAAAUUAUGGAACGAUAUUAAACAAAAUAUACUCAUCGACUCCAAGGACCCGGAUGAGGAGGCUGAGAAGCAUUUCCAGUUCUCGGUACAAAAGUUACUGGAAUCUCCCGGAAAGUUCACUUUCCGGAAAUUCUCCAUAUACCUCCACGAGCUGUGUACGAAAUUGAAGUUGAUAGGUAAAAAAACACUUCCUGAAGACCAAAUUACCGGAACACUCCUACAACUCAGAAAUCAAUAUAAUAUGAUGUCGUAUUUGACUGAGGAGGAGUUGGACUCUGACACUCACAAAGUCUUCACAUUCGACGCCAAAAAACUCAUCGCAAACUCCUUAAACUUGAGAAUUGAGGAAGUGGAGGAGAUGUUGAUGCAUUUUGACACGUGUAAGAUUGACCGGACUUGGUACUUUAGAAGAUUAGUCCUAGGCCGGAAAUUACCAACCAGUUACAAAGAACGAGAGUUCCUCUCAUUCCAACGUCCAACACUGAGACUGGCGAAUCAAGUGUAUCCUGAAGUUGACAAUUUGGAGAGUAUGCAAAUAAAGAAAAUCAGAGAUGACACACAUUACAACAGGCCAAAAGGGAAGACUUGGCCCUGGUUCAGACAUAAAACUACAGGACACGACUACUUCAGAACAAGACCAUACACUAAAUCAUACAAAUAAUUUAACUAAUUUUAUAUAUAAUUUGA